AUGGCGGCUUCACUUCUGUUCUCUCUCAUUCUGCUCUCAUUUCUGUCUCUCUCCUCCCCACUCCCCUCCAGCACCAUUCUCGACGCCUCCGAGAUCCUCUCCGACUCUGGCUACGUUUCCAUGGCUCUUACUCUGGAUCUCGUUUCUCAAACCCUAACCCAAAAGACUCCUUCUCUCACGAUAUUCGCUCCUGUCGAUGAUGCCUUUAAGAAAUCGGGGCAACCCGCUCUAUCUCUCCUCCGGUACCACUUCUGCCCCCUCACUUUGCCGCCGGAGACCCUCAAGUCGCUUCCCUCCGGGACCAAGAUCCCGACUAUGUUACCGGGCCGCACGUUGACUGUCACGAAUUCCCCCUCGAACUCCGAAACUUCACUGAACAAAGUCAAAAUCAGUAGAAGAUCGCCGAUUUUCGAUGACGGUUCUCUGAUUAUAUUUGGAGUUCAAGAGUUCUUCGAUCCCAGUUUUCAAGCUCCGGGGCCGGGUGAUAGCCCAAGGUUCGGUCCAAGAUGCAAUUCGUUGCCAUCGAAGGCCUCCGCAAUGGGGUUUCCGGGAGAUUCUUGGUUUAAAGAAGCCAGUGGGGAUCUGAGGUCCAAUGGGUACUCAGCAAUGGCUUCGUUUCUCGAUUCGCAGUUGUUGGGGUUCAACAAGGACCCGACUACAAUGACUGUGUUUGCUCCUAAUGACAUGGCCAUGGCGAAUCGUCCAACUAAUCAGGUUCAAGACCCAUCAAUCUUUCUACGACAUGUCGUUCCAUGCAAGCUUCUUUGGAGCGAUUUGAUCAAUUUCACCGAUGGAACGGUGUUGCCCACAUACUUGGAUGGGUUCACAAUCACCAUUACCAGAUCGGGUAGUACAAUGAUGCUUAAUGGAGUCACUGUUUUCACUUCCAACCUCCAUUAUAGUGAUUCUGUCGUCGUUCAUGGCCUAAAUGAGCUUCUCAAUGGACAAGCAACUUCACCUGGGUCAGGUGAAAGCAAGACUGAAGAUGAUACCAUGUUAAACACUUCAAUUCAAGUUUAGCUUUUGUGUAAGAAAUCAAACACUUUUCAUUUGCAAUAUUAUACUAUAUUUGAAUAGCUAUAAAGUGCAGAAUAUAUAGGUAAUUCGAUUUUUCUUUUUGCAUUAAUUCAUAUAUUC